AUGACACAUCUAUGGGCCUUGAUCCGGGUCACUGCUUACAUUUUCUAUAUGAUCUACAAUAACAAAGUCUUUGCCGCUGUGGCUCUAAUCUUAGCUGCUACCGUUUAUGCAGCACCAUCGAAUAUCAAGGAGCUCCAAGACCGAGCAAAAUGGAGGUUCAAUCCCAACAUUUUCUUGUUCCCGGACGGAGCUUGUACGCAGAAGCCGAUAUAUUCGAAACCUACGACUGGACAAGAUCCACUCGUUUGCGUCAAUUUCGACCAGAAGCUCUACGGCGCUCAUGUGCUGACGGAUUCUUACCACGGCUGUACCAUAUACUUUUUUGAGGGCAGAAACUGCCAGGGAAGUUCGGUUACUUGGACUAAUAAGUGCAGUCUAACAGGAAAUACUCAAGAAUCACUCACUAAGAAAUCAUCAGUUCCUAAGGGUGACCUUUGGUCGGACACAUGUUAUCCCAUUGCGAACAAUAAUCAAGGUGCAUUCGUGCUUACCGAAGGAGUUCACAGCUUCUUUCUUGCCCUUGAUUAA